AUGGUUCAUCCGUCGCGGCGUUUGGCCCACAUCAAGAAGAACUGGCCAAAACCGUGGCACAAACCAGUCCUUGACGGCGUGAAGAAGUAUUGGGAGGAUCACUAUCAGGGACUACCAAUCACCACCACAACGCCUGAGCUACGCGAUAACCUACAGCCGCCUGACGAGUAUGAGCUGCUUGCUCGCGAGCUUGAUGUCGUUAGCCCGGCGAUGAGGGACCUCGACGAGUACAAGUCCUUCACCGCAGAACCCCCCGUGGCCAUUGACUGUUCCCCGCUUGCGUGGUGGCUAAGAGAGGAGCAGCAACAGCGAUACCCCCGUCUUUCCAAAAUGGCCGUUGAUAUCCUCUCCAUACCCGCCAUGUCGGCCGAGCCAGAGCGAGUGUUCUCCGGCGCACGGCGCACAAUAUCAUGGGAUCGAUGCCGAUUGGGAAGUCAUACAAUCGAGAGAGCAGAGUGUAUGAAGAGCUGGAUUAAGAGUGGCAUCACACAGGGUAUUCCGGUAGACUUGGCCGGUGAAGAGGAGAAGGAGGAGGCUAGCGAGAUGGAAAGGUGGCGAUGCUCAACAUCUGAUUCUUCCUUGACAUCUACUGCACAGUCUGACAUUCACAGCGCCCUUGAGGCAAUCGCCAAUGGCGGAUCCGCCAAGAAGGCUGCUCGCGAUUGGGGCGUCCUGAGGGCAACUCUUUACAAUCGCAUGCAUGGUCACGAAUGCAGAAAGGAUGCAUUUUCUGCUCUUCAGAGGCUUUCUCAGACACAGGAAAAGCAACUUACCGAAUGGAUUCUCAUUCAGGACGCCUUGGGCCUUCCUCCCACUCACUCGCAGAUCAGGCAGUUCGCGCAGCGCAUGCUCGCCGUCAAAGGAGACCACACCGCUCGGAAAACACUGGAUGCAAGCAUUUUUAAGACGAAAUCCUGCAGUUCGGACCCAGAAGUGCCAUCACAGAGACUCUGCGCGUGUCAACGGCGCUUCUACCGAGGUAAUUCGGCCUUGGUUCAACAAUUUCUUCCUUCCGAGAUUCUGGCUAUUAAGCCGGAGAACAGGUACAACAUGGAUGAAGCAGGCAUCAUGGAAGGACUUGGGGAGAAUGGCCUGGUCGUUGGCAGUGCUGAAAACGAUCUGUACAAAAGAAGACGCCUGGUUCUCGGGUCUGGACGUCGUUCAUCGAGUCGGAUUUCUCAGCCUCCUGACCGAUUCAAGCCCAGUCGGCAAGCAAAACUUUCUUUCCUGCUACCAGAAAGCACGCGAGCAAGCGCUCACUGUGUCAAACAUCAAGGGUGGCUGGAAAGCGACGGGUUUGUGGCCGGUGUCGAUGGCGAAGCCACUUUUGAGCCCUCUUCUGCUGGAGAACAGCAACAGACGCAAAAGAACGCGAAAAAUGUGGCCAAUGCAUUCAAUAGCCACUUACCCACCAGUGACUGGCAAUCAGACACAUCCCAGAUUGCGUGGUCGACCCGAGGCGCUCGCAAGAUCUGA